AUGCCAACCACGGCUCGCCUUUGGCAAUGGGGGCUGUCCAAUCGCGGCGCCCAGCUUACGCACUUCCAUCCCUUCGGGGAAACCAAACAUACUUCACACAUUGUUGUGGUGGGGCAGGCGGUGGGGUGCCAACAAACCCAAAUACCUAUGGGGGAUAAUGUUCUUAUUGUACACCGUUUUUCCUUUUCCGCAUUUCCCAUGGAUUUCCUUUUCACACCACACAUGGCAGUAGCGGAACGCCUUGACACCAUCAUGGUAUAUUUUGCCUUUAUCAUGAGGGAAGGGCUCACCCUCAUGUUCUUUGUUCAUGGUGCCGCGUGCCACCGAGUAAAAGGUGCGGUUGGAUGGCCACACCAUGUCACGAGGGAAACGGGGAAGGGUCAUCUUCGCGGAAUACCUUUCAAACCCAUCUUACCCAGCGUUGAAGUGGGGAAACCGAGAGUUUUCCACUAUUCCCAACCCCUCAGUUUAUAA